AUCCCUCCUUUGGUGGAACUCCUGUUGCUCUUCUUCUGCUUCAACUGGCUCUACAAAGGGAUGAUGAUGGCAGGAAAUUCAGAAAACACACAGAGUAUUAUUGUUAUCUAUGAAGAAGAUGCAUUGGAAUGGGCAUUGUAUUUAAAAUCGGUUCUCAUGCAUGUUAUAUUAGAAGACAGAAUCUUGCUUUGCGACCUGGAAGCUGUAUCCAUUCAGCCCGUGGAACUGCAAUCUCUGUGCUCUUACAGAUGUAAACUUUUGAUAUUAUCCUGUGGGCUACUAAACAGCCUGAAUCUAAGGAAAAGACAUUUUCUGAACAAGAUUCUUCAGCCUCCUGAAAGGGUGGUUAUUUUGCUUUGUGGGAUUGAGAAUUCAGCCAUUAUCUACCAGAUACUUAGUAUAGACCAGAACAAUCAGUUGAUUACCACUGAUCAAGAUCCAGAAGUCUAUCUUGCAGUGAUUACAGACAUUAUUCAACAAGGUCCACAUGAUCCCUUGUCUAUGGAUUUAAAAAAUGGUUUGAAGCUAGCAGAUACAAGUGUGGAAACUAAGGAGAUCCCUGACACACUGGGAAGGCCAGCUGUCUUGGUGUUGCCAACAAGGAUAUCAUGUGAGAGUCCUGGAGAAAUAUUCGUUCUUUUGGGAGAUGAAGUCCCUGAUGGCUCAGUGGUAAUUGAGUUCAUAACAGAAAAUGAAUGGGUCAGGAUCGAACCAGAGAUUUGGAAUCAGAAGGUCAGGUGUAUGAAAGCUUUAGAUUUUCCUGCUGGCUUUGUCAGUGCAAAUGUCUUCUGUGAUGGAGUCAUUAAAGCUACAACACAGAUUGAAUACUACACAACAGUCGGGGAAAUUGACCGCAUGCUUCAGAAAGUGGCUGAUCCAAUUGCCUUUGCUUGUCAGGCUUCCAAGUUUUCACCAGCAGAAAAAGUGGACAGCAUUCUCACAUUCUUAAUGAAAAGUCCAGCCAUUUCUCAUGAUUCCAGUCAUUUUCCAUAUGAAGCCAUGGAUCAUCACCAGCAGAAUGACUCACACAUGGAAGAGCUGCCUACACUUCUCCACUGUGCAGCUAAAUUUGGAUUCAAGGAGCUCUCUACUUUUCUCCUCCAACUUCCUGAGGCGAUUCAGGCUUGCAAGAAAAACAACAAAUAUGGAGAAAACCCAGCAUGCCUUGCAAAAAAGUAUGGCCAUAAGGAGACUUGGAAGAUCAUUAAAGAAUUGUCAAUAAAUGAAGGCAAUAAUGAAAGUGAUGGUCUGGAGGACAAAGAAGUGGAGGCUGAAGAUAACACUUACGUGAUUAUGAUGAGCUCAGAAUCUCACAGUAGUGGACUUUGCAGGCUAAGCACAAGAGAACAGCCUGGAGCCAGUUUGAAAAUCCAGAAGAAUGGAGGAACGGACAGUGAGGGAGAGCAGAAAGGAGAUGAAGUGGAAAGAGUGGUAGAGAAAGAAGCAAAAGAAGAAGGAAAUAAAUUUGAGGAAAAUCAACGUCACUUGGAUGAUCACGAUGAGCAGUUAUAUUAUAACAUCACCAAGAAGGCCUCCGAAGCAUACAGCAGAGAUGAAAGCUAUGACGAUAGGCCACCUUUACCACCUCGAGUGCAACCAACCUCCACAAGACAGAAUGAAAUUUUGUACUUGUCCCCAGAUUGGGAAACACUGGAAGACCAAAAGGAAACCAAAGAGAUAAAUGAAAACCAGAAAGAAGAAGAAGAAGAAGAAAAAGAGGAUGAAAUGGAAGACCCAUACACUUCUGCUCUGUUGCAUGACGGCGUGUAUGAUAUGAUUUUUGCUAAUGCAAUUAACAAGCGAAGAAAAGGCGGUCGAUCCUUUAUUAUGAACCGGCCCCCAGCCCCUGCCCCUCGUCCUUUGUUGGCCCCUAUGAAAGAGGAGAAUACACCUUUCAUAGCACAAGUUUUUCAGCAAAAGGUGACCAAAACAAAAGCUGGUGAUGAAAAGCCGCUGUAUGCUGUCAGAAAACCAGACAGGGCUUAUAAUGACAGGACCACAUAUACCUCUAUCAAGCCAAGCAUCCCAGUUGGGCAAGAAGAAUUGAUCCUAUUGCAGGAGCAGGUGAAGAAUGGGACAAUUUCGAUGGAUGAAGCAGUAGAGAAAUUCAAGCAAUGGCAGAAUCAUAAAAGUGGAUUAGAAGCCAACCAGCAGGAAAAAAUACGCCAGCUCAGAGACUCUAUUAUCAGAAAAAGGCCGGAGGAGGAAAGCAUGUAUGACAAAAUCACCAUUGUUCACCAUCCAAAUGUUUCUAUGAAAAGAGGAAGAGACAAUCUGAAUGCUGAAGGUAUUGUAUAUACCCAUCCAUUUUCAAAGCAGGCUCUGCUUUGAAACCCGCCAGGGAAAGAGCAUGUACUUGAAGAUAACAAACCGUGCAGCUUUUGUACUUGUUGUAUAUCCUUUCCUGCUUACCACACCAUCCGCCAAUCAGUCUACAUCACACGGGAGGAUUCCAGUUUCAGCAAACUCAGUUGGACCAAGUUGAGCCAUGAAGACCACAUAAGCAAGUGUCCUGUUCAAAUGGGCCCUCCUUUACAAACACUCCUCUUUCCUUUGUUUCAGUGGACUUUAAAAACAAGUUAAUGGGCAAAAAAAGAAAAAAUGCUGUUCGUGUUCAGGUUUUACUUUGACAAUUACUCAUAAGCUGUUGGAGAAUUGUCCAAGUUGAUCUAAUUAUCAUGGUUAGAAGAUGCAUAUGUUGUCAGCCAAAUCAGCUCCCUGUG